CUUCAGUUUCGCUCUUAUUUGUACUUGCAGGUCACCUCGUGCAGCUCGUAAAGCUGCUACAGCUUCACCAGAAGCUGAGCUUUACAUCCACCUCCUUGUUCUGCUAUAUCUUGUAGAUCAGAAUAAACUGGAUGAAGCCAAGAAAUGCGCAGAGAUGCUGAUUGCUCGAGCUGAUGCAUUAGACAAAAGAUCUCUUGAUCCUCUGGUGGCCAAAGGUAUUUUUUACCUGGCCCUUAUUUACGAAAGGCAGCAUAAGCUACAUGAGCUUGGAUGGUAA